AGUGUGUGCGUGCGCGCGCCGGCUUCUUGUGUUGAGACAGAGCCUGCCCCUUUCUCUCAAUCUGUCUCUCUCUCUCGCGCGCGCGCGCGGCGGCCGUUGUUGACGGAGAAACGAAAUGUUUCUGCCGCCAGUUUCACCGGUCUUCCGGUGACGCUGGGCUUUUGUGGGGGGAAGAAGAAGAAUGGAGGCGGCGGAGGAUGAAGGGAGCAGCAAUGGCGCCGGUUGUGGUUCCCUCAGAGGCGUCCAGGCCCCGGCGGCGGAGCGGGAGCGACGAGUGCGCGCCCUGAGCGCCUCUUUGAGGAGCUGCCUCGGGCCUUACGAGCCGGCGUUGAGCGGCCUGCAGGCCACGCUCGUGUGGGAAAAGCCGGCCAGAAGCGCCUUGGCAUGGGCAGGAGCCCACGCAGCCUUCGGGUUUUUUGCUCUGACAUCGCUGCACCUGAUAUUUUUGGUUGCAUUUACCCUGAUCCUUAUAGUAUGCUUAGAUCAGUGGAAAAAUAAAAUCUGGCCUGAAAUAAAAGUAGCAAGACCCGAUGAAGUAGAUAAUGAAAGCUGGGGCUAUGUCCACCCCCGACUGCUGAGUGUGCCUGAACUAUGUCACUAUUUGGCAGAAGGAUGGGUCACAGGAGACAGCUUUAUGAGAAACCUCUUGGAUUUCAAAAGGCAAAACCCGGGCAAGUUCUGUCUUCUAGCUUGUGGUGUCCUCACAUUCCUGGCUGUCUUGGGCCAAUACAUUCCUGGCGUCUGUCUUGCCUAUAUAACAAUGCUUUUGUUCCUGCUAUGGCCACUUGCUAUGUACCAUCACUUGGGACAGCGGGUCUACACCAAACUAGAGCCAGCCCUGCAGCGGUUGGACUUCAGUGUUCGUGGUUACAUGAUGUCCAGACAAAAGGAAAGGCAAUCACGACAUCAGGUGUUGAGCCAUCAUCUUACUAGUGCUGAUGGGAGUGAUAGUGAAGAAGAGCUUGCUGCGUUCUGUCCCAAGCUGGAUGACGCCAUAGUUGCCAAAGAGCUAGCCAUAACUGACUCUGAGCACUCUGACGCAGAAGUAUCCUAUACUGAGAAUGGGACUUUUAAUCUGUCACGAGGACAAACCCCAUUGACAGAGGGUUCUGAAGACUUUGAUGGCCAUAGUGACCCUGAGGAAUCCUUUGCCAGAGAUCUUCCCGAUUUCCCUUCCAUCAAUCCUGAUGUGACUGGCAUUGAUGAUGAAGAUGACACCAGUAUUGGCAUUCCAAGCCUUGCCCCCCGUACACGGGGCCAGGAAGAACUUCGUCUUUCUCGUGAGCAGCAGGAAGUAGCCUCACAGCUGCUCUUGGGUGAGGUGCCAUUGAUGCAAAACCUCAAAGAUGACUUAGCUGGCUUCGUAACCAGGGGGAUGAUCCAGCUGGCUUUGUCAGGAACCUCCCAGUCAGGUUCAACUCAUGGAAGCAGACGGCGACAAAGUGCCAAGGCUUUCCUCCGGACAUCCAGCUCAGAGCUGGACACAGAUGCUGAAGGGGAUGACUUUGAACUAUUGGAUCAGUCAGAGCUGAAUCAGAUGGAUUCUUCCAGUUCCCGUGGCAAAUAAACAAUAAUCUUCGCUUGACUUUUGCACUUGUUCUGUAUCAUGAAGCAUAAAGGGAAGAAUCUUGUGCAUGAAUAGGGUUAGCAUCCCACUCCUAGCUGUAUAGCCUGGCUGGGAAAAUUUGGAAGAUUAUGAAUUGGAAAACAAACUCCUUCUGGGCAGAAUCAGAAGAGAUUGGUUACUAAGCCUGCCAUGUCCAGUACCUCUCUAGUUUACUGUGUGUUGCACCCCAAAGCCACAUGUCUUCUUCCAUGGUUAUCCCAUGUAAAACGGAUUUUGAAGACUAGACUCAAGUGCAACAAAAACCAGCCAUUAGGAUUCCUUAAUUUAAAGGUUAAGCAGAGGAUACAUUGCAAAAUCUCUUGAGCCAUGGAUGUAACUUAUACUCAGCUGUUGAUAGAGGUUUUAUGUCCUCGGAUCUCAUCUAAUUUACUUUAGUGUAGUAGACCCUGACAUCCCUGAGAUAUUGGAAACUACCGCUAUCUCCAAUAAAUAUGUUCACUUAAUGACCCCAACAUAAUUCCUCUUAAAAAUCUGGAGCUGUAAUGAGGCUCUUGUCAUGCAGCAUAAUGGCAAUAAUAUUUUCAUGGGUUAGAAUCCCACUUACACACAUAUUUCACUAUUUUCUGUUUGACAGAAGAUUUCAGUACUGAAAUAUCCUCCAUCCAAGAUCUGUGAAACUUCAGGUAGGAGCAAUAUGAAAGAAUUGAUCCCUUGUCAUCCUCCAGCAAUCUCAAAAAUAGAGGAGCCAUAAACGUAUUUCCUCAAUAAUAUUUCCUUGGUCUCUGAACUGGGGUGUGUGAACUUAUUAGCAUUCCUCAUAGCAAGGAACCUGACAGCCAGACUUGUUCAGCUAUUGGCGACUUCAUUUUUUGAUCUAUGAAUACUGAGUGCUCUCAGAUGACUGGGUGUUUUUUCAAGAAAGCCUGCAAUAUUGUCCCAGAAGAAAACCUUGGAAAUAGAAGUGAGAACAGUGCUGUAUAUUGGGGGUUGGGAGAUUUGUAGCCUUUGCACCACCGUUUUGAUUAUUUGAAGAUUGAAAUAAUGGCCUGAUGAACAAUAGGAAGAUACCCAUGAUUAUAUCUUGGUAGCACAGUCUUCAAUGGUAUAAAGAUGGUGCUGUGUUCCUCAAGAAUAAAAAACAUCACAAAUGACGUGGAUGCGACAGCGUUUUGGUGCUAGGCCUGUACACAAUACGUUUGACAUUUGGUUCUUAUUAAGUAAAACUAGUGUGAUGUUUUAAUUGUGUUGCAAUGAUCUUAACCAACAAAUCAGAACUAAUGAACAGAGGGCUUCAUAGGCUAACUAUAGAACAAGUAAAAACUGAGGAGUUUCCAUGCUACCAUUAGUGAGUUUCUGAUCUUGAUGCUUCGUAUCUUCCUAUACAGAACUAUAUAUUGAAAUGAUUUAGGUUUGUAUGCAAAACUGCUCUAAGAUUUUAACCUGAAAGAAAUUCUAUUCAGUACAAGGUCAUCCUGGUGGUCCUCUAUGAAAAGAAAAAAGAUUUAAACAAAUGCUAUGCUUUUACAUUUUUAAGUUUUCUUUAGUUGCCAGCCUUCUAUAACUUCUGCAGAGCUGAACCUUUUGAACACCUGCAUAACCAGCUAAAGAUUUUUAUUUUAGGUUCCUGUACUUGCUACUCAACAAAUGACAUCUUUUAAACUUAGUAGUGGAGAAGUUUACAGAUUUUCUCAAUUUAGUAUUAAAAAGACAUUUCUGUUGUUUCUUUACUAAGCAGCAAUUUGAUGUGGAUGCUUUAUGCCUAGUAGCACAUUUUUGCAGAGAAAACAGAAAAGGGUGGCAUGUUAUACAUUUGAAUCAGCUUGGAUUUGGUAGCAUUUGAGUGGCAAUAUCAUGGUGUCCAACUGCCUUUUUUAGUGUUUACAAAUCAGCCAAUAUUGUGGACGUUUAUACUGUAAUUUGUCACUUUGCAAAAGUUUUUUAAAUAAGAUGCUGAUAAUGUUUGAGGUGGAAACUGAUUUUAUUUUGUUAGAUUUUGUGUUAUGUGGAUUAGAACAAGAAUUUAGUGCAAUAAGACAAUGAACUAUACCUUCUCCAUUGUAUCAGUAGUGAGACAUUAUUUUCUUAAGUGUUUCUUCCUUGACUGGUGCAAAAUAAAGAAUUUGAGAGAA